AUGCCAGUUUCUGAUGGAGUUCCUUUUAGUGGGGUGGAAGGAAUUCUCGAUUCUCGAUUUAUUGUUGAAGCCAUUCACCUGAGGAAGCCUGACAUAGAUGUUAAUCUCACUGCCAAAGGAGGUAUUAGAGGGUUGACUUUGAAAUUUUUGAUCGAUAAAGAUUUCUCUUUUUAUAAUGCUAAUAGCAUUGUGGCCUUUGAAACUAUUCUUGCCUUACUCAUCUAUGGUUUAGUCACGUUUCCCAACAUUGACUACUUUGUUAAUGUUAAUGAAAUGAGGAUCUUCUUGAUUAUGAAUCUGGUUCCAACUUUGCUCGGUGACACUUAUUCUCCAUUCAUCAUAGGACCUCUAAACGAGGUGGAACUACUGUCUAUUGUGCGUCUUUACUGUACAAGUGGUUUAUUUCGCACUUUCCACAGUCUCCUUCCUAUCUUCAAAGAAAACAAGGAUUGUUUAAGGUGGUCCCAAAGACUCAUGUCUCUCACCAAUGAUGACAUCACAUGGUAUUAUUCUAUUUAUGACGACGUUGAGAUUAUUGAUAAUUAUGGGGAGUUCUCUAGUGUGCCUCUUCUUGGUACACAAGGGGGAAUCAACUACAAUCUGGAUUUGGCGAAACGUCAACUUAGGUUCGCUAUGAAGGACAAACCUAAUAACAUUUUGUUAUAG